AUGACUGUCCCCAUCACUGAUCUCCCCUCGAAGGAUCGAAUCGAGCCAAGCUCAUCCUAUGUCCCCAUGGGAAAGUUCCCCCAAACUGCAUCAUCCACAUCUAUCGAUGCUGCCAAGGUCGCCUCAGAGGUGAUUGAUCAGUUCAAUAAUGCUCUCAAACAGAAGGACUACAAGGCAGUCUCAGAUCUGUUUCUUGAGGACGGCUACUGGCGGGACCAUUUGGGUCUGUCGUGGGAUUUCCGAACCACCAAAGGCAAAGAGAACAUCGCCAGCUUCCUCGAGAAUUCCGCACGGCUGGUCCAGGUUGACAUUGACCAGUCAUCGCCCUUCCGUGCGCCCCAUGUUGGUCCAAUUGAUGCGUUCGGUGAGGUCACCGGUGUUGAGUUCUUCACCACCUUUGCAAACGAUGUAGGGAAUGGAAGGGGCGUAGUCCGCUUGGCGGAGAAGGACGGGGUCUGGAAGAUCUUCACUGUCUUUACUACCCUCCAGGAGCUCAAGGGGCAUGAGGAGGCCCUGAACACCCGUCGACCGCUGGGCGUGCAGCAUGGCGCGCAAUUAGGCAGAACGAACUGGCAGGAUAGACGGACAAUGGACUCGGAUUUUGAAGGAAAGAGUCCCGUUGUGCUGGUCAUUGGUGCCGGCCAAUCUGGACUCACAGCGGCCGCUCGUCUCAAGAUGCUCAAUGUCGACACGUUGAUCGUUGACGAAGAGGACCGCAUUGGAGACAAUUGGCGGCGGAGAUAUCACCAGCUCGUGCUGCAUGACCCCGUGUGGUUCGAUCACAUGCCAUAUCUGCCGUUCCCUCCGCAUUGGCCAGUAUUCACCCCGAAGGACAAGCUAGCCGAGUUCUUUGAAGCCUACGCCAAGCUUCUUGAACUCAAUGUGUGGACGCGAACCAAGCUCAAGUCGUCCUCCUGGAGUGAUGUUAGAAAGCAGUGGACGGUCGUACUUGAAAGACGCAGAGAGGAUGGCGCGGUUGAGAGCCGCACCCUUCAUCCACAGCACGUCAUCCAGGCUACCGGCCAUUCCGGAGAGAAGAAUCUACCCAAGUUCAAGGGGAUGGAGUCUUUCAAGGGCGAUCGUAUCUGCCACAGCUCCGAAUUUCCCGGAGCCAAUCCCGCUUCCAAGGGCAAGAAAGCGGUGGUCGUCGGAUCAUGUAACUCUGGCCAUGACAUUGCACAGGACUUUUACGAAAAGGGAUACGAUGUCACCAUGGUCCAGAGAAGCACAACGUGUGUUAUUUCAUCCGAGUCGAUCGUCGAGAUCGGGCUCAAGGGUCUCUACGAGGAGGCCGGACCCCCGACCGAAGACUCGGACCUGUACCUGUGGAGCAUCCCGAGCGAGCUGUUCAAGGCGCAACAGCUCAAGUUGACCGCCGCUCAGAAUCAACGCGAUGCCGAGAAACUCGAAGCAUUGGACAAGGCCGGUUUCAAGGUCGACAUGGGAUCGGACAACGCCGGUCUGCUGAUGAAGUACCUGUCGCGGGGCGGCGGCUACUACAUCGAUGUGGGCGGCAGCCAGCUCAUCGCGGACGGCAAGAUCAAGGUCAAACAGGGCCAGGAGAUCACAGAGGUCCUCCCUCAUGGAGUUCAGUUCGCGGACGGCACGCAUCUGGAGGCCGACGAGAUCGUGUUCGCCACCGGGUAUCAGAACAUGAAGACGCAAGCGCGCGCCAUCUUCGGCGACGAGGUCGCCGAUCGCGUCGAGAGUGUCUGGGGAUUUGACGAGGGAGGGGAGAUGCGCACAAUCUGGCGGCGGAGCGGCCAUCCGGGAUUCUGGUUCAUGGGCGGGAAUCUGGCGCUCUGCCGGUACUAUUCGCGGUUGUUGGCCUUGCAGAUCAAGGCCCUGGUGGAAGGUAUCACGGUCUAUGGAGCGAAAUAG